AUGGAUCUCAGUGACGAUUAUGAAGAUGAAUUUGUAGAUGCCCUACUAGCACCUCCUCAUUUUACUCCUUAUCCUAUGCAUGUCUCUUACCCUGCACCGCCACCUCUGGUACUAGUGCCACCACCUAUUCCUCAAACCACUCCUCCACCAUCUACCCCUGCAACUACUCAACCUCCUAAAUCCAUCCAUACCAUUUUUACCCCGUCAGAGAAUGCUUUAGAUGAGUACCUUACAAACCUUACCAUUACGGAUCCCCUUCCUUCAUUUAUGAAUGAUGGUCCUCCUCCUACUGCCCCCCAUGAUUCCGAAAUGGAUGAUGACCCUGAAAUCCAUAAUCCUGAAGAUCCACCUAGACCAAACCCUGUUCCACCCUCACCUUACACCCCGUAUCAAAACCAGGACCCUAAACAAUUUUUCACCUUGGAUGACAUCUUUGUUUCUAAAUGGGCAUCAAGAAUUAUAGAUUUUCACGCAUGGAUCAAUGCAGAAUUACUCAAUGAAGGAACCUCCACCAUCACAGUCUUGUCUAAAUUUGUUACAAUACUCCAAGGAAAACUCAGAGAAUGA